AUGAGUGAUGUGUUUUGUUCGGACUGUAAGAGACAUACGGAGGUUGUGUUCGAUCACUCAGCCGGAGACACAGUUUGCUCCGAGUGUGGACUUGUGCUCGAGUCUCACUCCAUUGAUGAGACUUCCGAGUGGAGAACUUUCGCUAACGAGUCUGGUGACAAUGAUCCAGUCCGUGUCGGUGGACCAACUAACCCUCUCCUCGCAGACGGUGGUCUCACCACCGUAAUUGCUAAACCUAAUGGCUCUUCCGGCGACUUUCUCUCUUCUUCUCUUGGUCGUUGGCAGAAUCGUGGAUCUAAUCCUGAUCGUGGACUUAUUGUUGCUUUCAAGACAAUAGCUACCAUGGCUGAUAGGUUGGGCCUUGUUGCUACCAUCAAGGAUCGUGCUAAUGAGAUUUUUAAAAGAGUGGAGGAUCAGAAGUCGAGUAGAGGAAGAAACCAGGACGCCCUUUUGGCUGCAUGUCUAUAUAUUGCUUGCCGGCAAGAGGACAAGCCACGAACUGUGAAGGAAAUCUGUUCUGUUGCCAACGGAGCCACAAAGAAAGAGAUUGGUCGUGCGAAAGAAUACAUAGUCAAACAGUUGGGGUUGGAAACAGGACAGUCAGUAGAAAUGGGGACUAUACACGCCGGUGACUUUAUGAGACGGUUUUGCUCCAAUCUUGGCAUGACCAACCAAACCGUAAAAGCAGCUCAAGAAUCUGUGAAGAAGUCGGAAGAGUUUGAUAUUAGGAGGAGUCCCAUAUCAAUCGCUGCAGCGGUUAUCUACAUCAUAACACAGCUUUCUGAUGACAAGAAACCGCUUCGAGAUGUAUCAGUAGCAACCGGAGUUGCAGAAGGGACGAUAAGAAACUCAUACAAGGAUCUCUAUCCUCACCUUCCUAAGAUCAUACCUACCUGGUACGCCAAAGAGGAAGACCUUAAGAAUCUCCAAAGCCCUUAA